AUGGCAGCAGUACCCGUACCCGCGGGUACCCGCCCCGCCCCUACCCGGUCGGGGCGGCUCUUCUCUUCUCCUCUCCAAGACCAUAGCGUCGCCGCCUUGGUUCAGAUCAACCAGUGCUUGCCGUCGAACCUCCUCCAGUUCCGCGAAUCGUUCAAGCCGCCUGUGCCUGUCGCUCCUCCUCCGCUCAGCUCGUCUAGUCGUCUCUGCCAUCUUCGCAAGUCGCAACUCGUGGAAUCAUCUAAUUCGUCUCAGCACCGCUCCUCCCUCUGCCACCUCCGCCACCUCCGGUCGACCCUCUCCUCCCGUGUUCGUCCUAUCUUUGUUAGGUUGGUGUUUUCAAAUUACUUCAUGGCUAGUAAUGCUAGAGAAGACACACAAAGCAACAGUGUUGCUCCAAAUGAUAAUGAAGUUGAAGUUCAAAGUAAUGCUAAUCCAACUUCAGAAACUCCACAAGCAACGGAUAAUGUCUCAACUCCAGAAGGAUCAACUCCUAAUGAAGGUGACAAUAAGACUCAUGUUAAGAGUGCUUACUGGGAGUAUUUUGAUCGUUUGAAAGUUGAAGGAGAAUGGAAGGCGAAAUGCAAGUUUUGCAAGACUGUGCUUAGUGCAAAUCCGAGGAAUGGUACCAAGUCAUUGCGGAACCAUGUGGAUCGAUAUUGCAAGAGAAUAAAGGUGGCAAACUCUAGGCAAUCAUCAAUUGUUGAAUCAUUGUCAAAACAAUCACAAAAGCAAAAAUUGAGUGAAGAUGGUUUUGUGUUUGAUCCUUCAUUUACAAGAAAAUGUGUUGCUGAAAUGAUUAUUUUGCAUGAGUAUCCUAUGAGUUGUGUGGACCACCAUGGAUUGAGGCGAGCUUUUGCUUCAAUGCAACCAACCUUUAAAAUGCCUAGUCGAAACACUAUCAGAAAAGACAUCUUGAAGAUGUAUGGGGACGAGAAGCAGAAGUUAACACUUCAACUAGAUGAAAAUGAUAGUAGAGUUGCAAUAACUACUGAUAUGUGGACUUCCAACCAAGAAAAAGGAUACAUGGUUGUCACAGCUCAUUUUAUUGAUACUUCGUGGAAGUUGCAUAUGCGCAUAUUGAGCUUUUGUUAUGUUCCUUGUCCCCAUACAAGUGAAGUUCUCACUGAAACGUUGAUGAAAAUAUUGUUAGAAUGGAACAUUGAUAGAAAAUUGUCCACUAUUACAUUGGAUAACUGUUCUACUAAUGAUGCUAUGAUAGAUGGACUGUUGGGGCGUUUGGAUUCUUCAUUCUUGAUGUUAGGGGGUAAAUUAUUACAUAUGCGUUGCUGUGCUCAUAUUUUGAAUUUGAUUGUGAAGGAUGGCUUAAGUAUUGUUAAGGAAAGUAUAGAAAAGAUUCGUAGUAGUGUAUUGUAUUGGACUGCAACACAGAAAAGGACCGAAACUUUUGUGAGUUGGUGUGCUAAAACAGCGAUCUCAUUUACUAGGAAAUUAGUUCUUGAUUGCCCAACUAGAUGGAACUCAACUUAUUUGAUGUUAGAAACUGCUUUGUUGUAUAAAGCUGUCUUUCCUAGGUUAAGGCAGAAGGAACCCCAAUAUAAAACUGUGCCAAGUAAUGAGGAAUGGGAACUUGCGAAGGAAAUAUGUGACAGAUUGAAAUUGUUUUAUGAUGUAACUCAACUGUUUUCUGGGUCUAAAUUUCCGACUGCUAAUCUUUAUUUUACUUUGGUUUGUAAAAUAAAAGUGUCAUUGGAUGAAUGGGAAAUUUCUACUAAUCCGUUAAUUGCUAAUAUGGCAUCUAACAUGAAGAAGAAAUUUGAAAAGUAUUGGGAUGAAAUUCAUGGCAUUAUGGGUGUUGCUGCUGUUUUAGACCCUAGGUACAAGAUGGUUGGGGUUGAGUUUCAAUUUGAAAAAAUGUAUCCAGAUCCAACAGAAUGCUCCAAGCAAGUUGAUAGAAUUCAUCAGUUGUGUAAUGAGUUGGUUAAUGAAUACACUCAAAAAAUGAGUUCGGAUGUGUCACAUGUCAGUGUUGGUGUUGGUACAAAAGAACUUAAUGAAAGUGGAAAUGCAAGUUCAUUUGGGGGUGAUGAUUACAUGGUGUAUCUUAAAAGAAGAAAAAUGACAAGGAGUUCAUAUGUGAAUGUUGAGCUUGAUCAUUAUCUUGAGGAGGAAAUUCAUCCUCCAAAUGAUCCUAACUUUAAUGUUUUGAAAUGGUGGAAGAACAAUCAGAUGAAAUUUAAGGUUCUUGCAAAAAUAGCUAAGGAUAUAUACGCUAUUCCGGUGUCUACUGUUGCCUCUGAAUCUGCUUUUAGUACAAGUGGUCGUGUGAUUUCUCCUCAUCGUGCAAAGCUCAAACAAGACAUAAUUGAAGCUUUGAUGUGUGGCCAAAGUUGGUUGUGGGCACCUUUGGGAAGUAAAGGUUUAAAUCUUGAUUUGCAAACUUUUAAUGAUGAUGAAGAUGUUGAAAGUGAUCAAGAAUAA